UUCCUACGUCACAUAGUGAACAUGAGAGCUCCCACAGCACACAGCAUUACAGCGACACACUUCACUGUCUCAUGGGCACCACUGGGUUUACAUUAACCGAGACAGUUCAGUGGAUAUAUAACUACAAAUUCAGUGUGUUCUGGGUUGGCAGGUAAACAGGUCGGUCUGUAAACAAGGCAGAUUGCAUCAUCUUCUCUUCCGCGAUGAGGCUCUGCUGCUGCGUUAGUAAAAACUGACAGGACAUGGGACAACAAGUUCUGCUUUACUGGCCAAACAUUAUUGGUUACAUUAGGAUUGCUCUUGUGAUUACAGCAUGGGCUGCAUAUGAAGUACCAGCAUUCUUCAUCUUUUUUUAUUCCAUCUCCAUAGCUCUUGAUGGAGUGGACGGCUGGCUGGCGAGGAGGCUGGGUCAGACGUCGAGGUUUGGGGCCUGGCUGGAUGUAGUGGUAGACAAUGUGGGCAGAGGGAUGCUGUGGAGCCUGCUGUUCAAGUGGGGUUGGUUGAUGUCAGCAGUGGAGUGGUGUGUGUUUGUGUGUAACCACAAUGCCAGAGGAGAUCACUGGAAGAACAGCUUUAGCAGCAGCCCUCGACUCAUACGGGCCAUCAUGGACAACGGGUUUCGGACCCCUCUCGGCCUGUGGGUGGUGAGUGGUCUGCACUGUCUCCCUCUCUGGCUGUACGGGUCUCAGAAAGGUUUACUCUCCCACUGGAUGUACCUGCCGCCCUCGAUACAGAAUCUGGUGACCAUGCUGCUGGCUGCAGGACGCCUGCUGGCUCUCUCAGCAGAGAUAUGGUGUAUAAGGACACACAUUGAAUACUUAACCAGUGAGGAAACAGAAGACAAGAAGAGCUGAAGGUCGAUCAGUAGUCAUCUUCUGUUCUCUCCUCUUUCUCUCAGUUUUUAGGACAUUCAGAUGAAAGUAUGGGGCUGCUCUACAGGUACAAGUUGAUAUUAUCUGACAUAAUCUUGACCUCUCACUUCAUGUUCGUUCUUCAGCUAAACAAAGAAUUUAUCUUGUGAACUUCAUUGAUUUUGUUUCGAGCUGCUGAGAUAUGAGAUGGCAUGUGGAACAUGUGGAAAAGCAGAAUUUUCUAUCAGGUUGAACCUUCUAAGGGAUUAAAGAUAUUAUUAUUAUUAUUUUUUUUUAAAGGAAAUCAACAGAAGGAACUGAUAAUUCUUCAACCUCAGCGCACUGUAAAAGUAGGAGAGUUUAUGAUUAGCACGACUCUGGUGAUACGAUCUAAUCACAAUACAGGUUUACUAUUCAGUAUGAUUUGAAUCUAUAAGAAAGGCAAUAUAAUGUUCUUAAGACUAGUGCUGCUGGUGUUUGCACAAGCUCUAUGCACUUAUUUGUUCUGUCUCAGCUUACAUUAAGUUGGAGGUUGGAAAAGUCAAAUGUUUGGUGGCCGGGAGGUGUCAAACUAAUUACAUAUCCAAAAUGCUUUGCGGAAGAGAACUACCAAACAUUGUUUGAUUUACUUUCACAGUUUCUUCCAUGUGUCCGUCAGGUAAAACGGUCCAUUAGAAACACUGCCGAUAGUCGGCCCAUUUAAACUUUUGUUGUGGCUUCUGUAUUUGUUUUAUAGCUUCUGCAUAUGUGUUGUUGUUUUUCCAUUAAUGCAGUUGUGUUUGUCUUGCUUUUGCAAAAGGUUUGGGAUCUUUCAUUUGUCUGACACCUCCCGGCCGUAGUAAAAAAAGAUGAAGAUAGUUAACAACACUUCCAUCUUUUGGCCGGGGGGUUUAAACACAACACAAAAAGAAUCAGCAGAAAUAUUUUUUUUAUAUAUAUAUAUAUAUAUAUAUAUAUAUAUAUAUAUAUAUAUAUAUAUAUAUAUAUAUAUAUUAUAUAAUAUAUAAUAAAAUAAUCUAAUGGACUACACAAGUGUAUCAAUGGUCACGUGUCCCCGUAGUGUAAGGACUGUCAAAAUGCUGGAUAGAGGUCUGAACAUUACUGCACUAAACUAUGUUCUGUGGGUGAUAAGAAUGAUUGUGAUGGCUGGGAUUUUCUUUAAAAAAUGACUCAAGGAGCCAAAGGGAGAUGCUUAUCGUUCACAUCAAUUAAACUCUAAUAAGGGAUUCAGUUUUGUUUAAAACUGAGCAGCAAAGUUAUAUUCAUGUUUAAUCUGAAACCUGCACAGUUUUUGCAAAACGCACCAACAAAGUCCAGAUGUUAUUAUAAUCUAAUGAGCAUUACUACUAAACACAAAAGUGAUUUAGUAACAUUUAUAUUUAAUGUUGUUUAAAUGUAGGGACUUGAAAAAAACCUGAGUGGAUUUGGUUAAAUAAAAAGUUUGUUUUUUUACCGAUAUGUUUUUUUUACUGAUUUGUUUUAAAGCUGUGGCUUUACAGUUUAAGUUUUUGCUUUUGAGAAUGUUUGUAAAGUCAACUGUGAAAAGGAUAAAAGCUGUUUUUCACACAUUGCUAAAGGUUUUAUUUUCAAUAAAUAUAUAAAGGAAA